AUGGUCGACUUUACCAACACUCAAAAGAAUUAUCAAGCCUUCAAACAGUUGGCAGAGGCACAAUCAACAGAUCAAGCAAAGGCCAACACCCUCUUGGCUCAGCUCAAGAUUGCCCUGAUUCAAUUGGCAACUCCAUCACAAACAGAGCACAAUGAUCAAGUUCUUAAGGAGUGUGUUCUAGCAAGAGAUAUAUUGGAGUCUGCUGCAUUGUACACUGUUAAGCAGAGAGAUAUAAAGGCAUUCGAUAGAUACUAUUCACAGUUGACACCAUAUUACAAUGAUUACAAGAAGUUCAUUCAACCAUCAGCUCAGCAGUACAGCAUCAUUGGUCUCAAUCUGAUGAAGUUGUUGGCCACUAACCAGACGGCACGAUUCCAUGCCGACCUCGAGCUGAUCCCAUCCGACCUGCACACCAACCAAUUCAUCAGAUUCCCAUUGUUGGUGGAGAAGUCCAUCUCUGAGGGCAGCUACCAAAAGGUCUUGGUAUGCAGAUCACAAGCACCAUCAGAGUAUUAUGGUAUCUUUGUUGAUCUCUUGUCUGAUACAAUGAAGGAGGACAUUGCCAACUGUAUUGAGAAGUCAUUCAAGUAUCUGACAGUGACAGAGGCACAAAAGGUGUUGCAGAUCAAUAGUGUCGAUCAGUUGAAUCAAUACGUACAGAAGCGUGGAUGGAAGGUACAAGGCGAUAGAAUCCUUUUCGACUCUGGCCCGGCCCAAGUCGAGAUUCCAUCCAUUCAACUCAUUCGCCAGACGUUGCAAUACGCCAAGGAGCUUGAGAGAAUUGUAUAG